AUGGCGGCGGACGGCGGCGGUGAUCGCUACCACGGGCUUCGCGUCUAUCCCCUGCGUGAUGUGCUCUCACGUGUGCCGCUGCCUCCGCACUGCCCGCUGUCGGGCGUGUCGCAGAAGUGGCGCUGUGUUAUUGUCCCAAAAAUCCCAGAGACGACGUCGCAGGACGCGGCUGAACACGAGGUGAUGCGGUUCCUGGACAAGAGUAUACCCUGCCGCCUUGGUCGCUGGCGCAGCGCCCCUGUGUACGACGCUGCUGGCAAGGAUGGCUUGAAGUUUGUGACGGACCCGCGCUGGAACAGCUUCCCCAGGCCAAAGAUAGCGUUCAAGGCAGGCUGGGCCGGCCCCGGCACCCACAUGGAGUCGCCUGCGUACCACCAGCUUGUUUCCUCCUUUGCUGAGGUGCUUGAUCACAAGGCGGAGGGGUCGCCGGGCCGCAGUCAAGAGCCUGAGCUUGAGGUGGACGGGGAAGAAGCGGAGGAGGCUUUGGACGAUGUGGCUGCACAAAACAUUUUAAACUUGCAACUAUUUCAUCGUGAAGACACUUCCAUUUGCCCGCCAAUUCCAGUGCUGGGGGAGAAAUUGAUUUGGCCCUUGUUUUUGGAGGACGGUGCCAUUUGCGACAAUGCAACACGCCUGGCGCAGCGUGGGGCAGUGACCUGGUGGCACCUCGACGACUCUGGUGAGUUUGUUGAGCAAACUGCACUGCCGCUGCUUCCCUCGGAGCACACGGUGGUGCCGCCGCCGUUGACAACUCUCCCCCAGUCCCAAAGAGCCUACUUUGAGCACAUUGACCGGAAAUUGUUCUGUGCGGAGGAGGCACCAGGGUGCGUUCCGGUGAAACUCUUUCUGUACGGACCUAAGGAAAGCUACGAUUGGUUCAUGCACGACGAUGAGGCGACGACGUCAGGGAAGGUGGCGGCGUUAGACAUAUUUUCCACGCCAGACGAGGCGCUUCCAAAGGAUGCGACGCUGUUGCCUAUUAUUUACCUGGCGGUGUUGGAAAGUGGCGGUCGCCCGCUCAUCUCCCCCCCGAACAUCCCGCACCUCGUGAUAACCCUCAAUGACUGUGUUAUGGUUGAGCAGCGCCGCGUAGCGUACCUGUUUAUGGAUGAAAUAUCAUACUUUUUGCAGAAGUGCGCCUUCUGGAGCGGAGACCCAAUUAUCUACGACCACAUCGAGAAGGAGCUACAAGAUGAAGCGUUCGUUGCGGGGCAACUUAUCCCCAGCUUGAUAAGCCUGUUUCAAGCGAAUGAUGCGCUUUGCCCGUACGAAGAAAUUGUUCGACGCCGAGUUGUCAUGUCACUCUUCACCAUUGCCGCCCACGAGAAGCAUUACAGGCUUUCACCGGACUCCAGAGCCUCACUCGCGUCGUUGCUGCACGGGGGCAACGCCGAGAUGAGUGCUAUCCUCCAGCAAGAGACUCCGUACGGAAUGCGUGUCGUUUCCCUUGAGGAGCGCCUGAGAAGGUACUGGGAUGUGCGGCAGUAUUGGCCAAAGCCUGGAUGCGUGUUAAAGGCUCCGCUGGUGACGCCGCCGCACUUGCUCUCAAAGGAAGUUAUGGCGAAGGGCCACAACGUCGACUGGUUUCUUCCUGUUGUCUACACUGCUUCCUCGCCCGUGUUUGGGUCAGAAAAGAAUGCGGUGGAGGAAGUCGCGGCUGAGUACUUCUCCAUGGCAAAGCUUGCAGGAAGGCGCAGGGAUUUACUCUCCUUUCUCCGAACACAUGGAAAGGAGAAGGAUGAGCUGCUCGAUGAGUUGUUUUGA